AAUGUCAUUCAUAUUGAUGAUAUGGAUCGAUUUCUCAAAGAAGAUGAUGUCGAAACCAGCAAAAAGCGAGACCAUAAAUAUAAGAUCAUGCAUACCAUUCUUAACGGAAAAACUGUAUAUGACAGUGAUGUGAAUGGACUUCCAUUGGAGAUGAGGGCUGGAGAGAGCAAACCUAGGAUCCCAGAAUUUGUAUUGAAAAAUACA